CUCACUUUCUUGCCUUUUAACACCUUUCUCUGUGCUCACACGAUUUACUUCAUUAACAAUCCAAUCAUCUAUCACAUGCACAUUACAUCCUCACUUCAACAAAUCAUACACACACGUAGCUUUUCUUCAUAAGAUACUUUUUUCUCAUCCUUCUUCCGCUUCCUGUCUAGACAACUCCUUGCACAAGCCAUCAUCAUCAUUCCUGGACACAUCUGUCGCGUACAUCAACUCUGAAACCAGAAGCGCAGUACAUAAUCCGGCUAUAAGCAAACUACUACAACAUCCAUCACCACCAGCUGACAAAAUUAGACGGAAAAUUCAGAGGCUUUUCAUGCCUCUCGACGCCGACUACAACAUCCUUCCUUUUUCCUUCUGUGAAUUUGUGUGUGUGCCUGCAUCGAUCCACUCUCUCAACAGGCACUCCAUCGUCUCCUCGGCCGGUUUACUAAAAAGGAUUACAUCUAAUCUGACAGCCAAUCCUUUUUUAAAACGCCAGAAAUGCCUUUCGAGUUUGGUGUUCCAAUUGAUCCAACCUUUCGUAAGACCCUUCAGGCAAAGAUUCGGUCCUUGCUGCAGGGAAAAUCAGAAGGGUUCCCUGGUUCAUACCCAGUCAAUUUCGAAUCAUCUCACUUACAGCUAUUGGCCAAGGAAGAGUACUUUGUCACAGAGAAGGUUCCUGGUGUGCGAUAUAUGCUUCUCAGCACCCACACACCCAAAGGCCCGGCAUGUUUUCUAAUCGACCGACAUUACGAAAUUUCAUUUGUGCCACAUCUGCUACUUCCUCUUCGGGAUAACCCUUCAAAGUACCAAAACGAAACAUUGCUGGAUGGAGAGAUGAUCGUGGAAGGGGAUGGAAGCAAGAAAACAUUACGUUUUUUAGUAUUUGAUCUCAUGGCUCUUAAUGGUAUAGUUGUAACACAACGAUCCUACAGUACACGUUUAGGGAUGAUGGAUCAGGACGUCUUAGCAGUACAGGCUAGUAAAUCAAGCGAGAUACGAUCUAAAGAACCAUUCACAAUCGAGCGCAAGACAAUGCAGAGGUCAUAUGGAUUGAAUAUUAUUUUAUCUGGGAGCAAACGACACAAACAUGGUGGCGAAGGGUUAAUAUUUAUGCCUGUGCGACAACCAUACGUACCAGGAACGAGUCCAAAACUAUUAAAAUGGAAAUCUCAUACAACAGCGCAGUUCCUGAUCAAAGUGGCUAUGAGCAAAGAGAGGAAACCAAUGUACUCUAUUCAUGUUAAGCAUGGAGGCGGUACAAAGUUCUAUGACUAUGUUACACCAGAGCCUCAAUUAGCUUCAGAAUGGCAUAACUCUUCCCCAGAUGGGAAAGUUGCUGAAUUUUGGUGGGAUGCGCAGUGGCCAACGCAAAUGUUUGAAAAGGGCUAUGGGUUAGAGACUCGUACAGGAGGUUGGCGAUUUUAUCGCACGCGGGAAGACAAAAAAGACGUGGAUGAUGAAGCAACGGUACAAGCACUAGUCAAGGGGAUUGAGACAGCUGUCACAAAAGAACAGUUAGAAUCACAAAUCGAGCAUAUCAGGACUCAAUGGAAGGCUAGGGAGGCAGGCUUACCCACAAAUGGAAACAACCAGUCGCCACAUUCUACUAGUCAACGUCCCGCUAUCCGACAGCUCUCCAUUGUCAGUACCCACUCCGAAAACCAUCCUCCGCCUAUGACGCCUUCCCAUACUUCGUCACAAUACUUGCAGUCACCCUCUGUUGCAAAUCAUCCUGGUUCACAUGGGUAUUUUUCCAAGAAGGGGGAACGAAAGUCAUCAGUAGAUGAGCAUGGUUCGUCAAGCCAUCAUCCGAUCACCGCUCCAGGGACUUUCUCUCACCCAUUGCCCCCCAAACCUCAAUCUUUUCAGGCUCGACAUUCAUCAGUAGAACAAUCUCAAUCACAAUCCGCAAAAAACGCUGAUCAGGAACAAACUAGUAGCUCUUCGUCAUCGACGCCGUCAACAUCUGUUAUUCAAACCCCAGACAGGAAAUCAACCCCGCCACCCACUAGUACACCAACGUCAUCUGUAGCGUCGCCUUCAUCUACGUCAGGCGUUAAGAACCCGCUGAAGCUUUCACAGGUCCCAGCUCACUUACAGCCUAUAAAAUCAUGGAUGACAGCAUCGCCUGUUCCUAGAGCUCCCCCACUCGAUAAAGGCGUCAAAGGUGUUAAGAAUGAGAGACGUGAUAGCAGAGAUUCAAUCGUGAGUAGUGGCAGUAAUUCACCUAAAUCCGCACCAUCUAGGAAAAGCUCAAUGUCUAUUGCGGAUGUCCCAAAGGAAACAGUGGUGGGCUCGAUAUCAAAGGCCAAUGAGGCGGGGGAUGCAAAUGGAAACCAAUCUACCACUACUUCAAGCUCAAUAUCAAUUUCCCAAGAGGCGCCGUCACAAACUCCUACUCCUGCCCAUACCCCAAUACCUUCUGGAAUAUCAAGGCCUACAACCGUGCCAGCACUUCCACCAACGACAUCAUCAGCUUCCACAGAUAUUGCGCUGUCGGGGGUUGCCCUUGAGACUAACGAUAACAAGGAUUCAGAUGAGAAGCGCCACGAAGAUUCAUCCGCGUCUGCAGAUCAUGUUCGCAUGCCUUCAGUGAUACCAGUAACAACAACAACACCCUCGGGUUCAGCAGCUGUGAAAACUUCUGUCGAUGAGGAUAUUACUUUAAAAGCACCUACGCCUGUGCUUGGAAAGCGAAUGGCUGAUCUUUCAGAAUCUGAGGGGGAGCGAUCGGAGGAUUCAAUUGUUCAGCGCCGUAAAAUUUCGGAUGGAGUAGGACCUUCAUUCAAGACUGAAGCAGUUAUGACAGGCAUAGGAACCUUAAAAUUGAUUGCAUCACAGUCACCCAAACCAUCUUUCAGCUCUCCACUAGCUGUACAGGAUAGUACAACUAUGUCCCCGCUUUCGCCCUUGAGUAGUCCAGAUCGUGCAGCUGUUGUGACGUCUGAUGACAAUAAGCAGGCGUCGCCGCGCUCACAGCAUCCAAUAGGCUCUAGAACAACCAUCAGCUCAAAACUUUUGCAUGAGGUCACGGCACAGCUUGGACAGGAGACUAACGAGCAUGAUGCUUUAGAAACCCAUGAAAAUGUUGAAAAGGUGGACCAAGUGGAACCUACAGCAGCUAUACUGAAAGAAGACGUGGUGAUGAAGGAAGAUAACAUGGGAUCAGCGGUCACAACAGGUCCUCUCCCUACACCGGCAUUGACGGUCAUGGAACAGACGGCCUACGAUCUUCCGAGUGAAGGUGAGAAGGCUCAAGCUUUGGCGAGAGCGAGAGAGGAGGCGAUUUCUAGAAUGGCAGUGCAACGGGAACACCAAGAAGCGAUUCAAAUGAAACUGAAAGAGGACGUUGAAGUUUUCAAGGAGAAAUCACUAAUUCGAAAAGACAAAGCCCAAAAACGGAAAAUGCAGGAGGUAAAUGAGACGCCUGUACAAGAUCGUAGAGCCCAACCUGUGCGCCAGAUUAAUCAGCAACAAGGAAGACAAGUCAAUAAUGAUGCCCCCGUUUUGAGAGGGCAGUCACAAGCAGCUCAACGUCAGUUAGCCUCGCCUCAGGAUCAACAGCAGCGCCUUGGAUACACGACACGUCUUUCCAAGGCAGCUUCUAGGACAGAGGCUCAACAAAACGCUCAAAAUAAUGUCAAAGGACAGUCUCAUGUGGAACCGUCCACAGGCAAUUCUAAAGAACAGAUUGGAUGUAUUGUGGAACCAGUUGCUCCUAUCACAACCCAGCGUGAGGAGCGAUCGUCUAUCAAUCGUCCCAUGUCACUUCAUCACGGUCAAUUAAAUGAUCAAAUUGUUAGUGUCCCAAAUCCCGCGCUACUUCAUCCGGAAGGACCCUCUCGCAAUCACAGAAGGAUCAAUUCAACGGAAGAUCAUCAUCACUCAUUAGACUCAGUCCGUGCAGAUGCAUCUACGCCAGACCAACAGGAGCUUCCUAAACAAUAUGAUCAAACACACAGCAUACGGCAAGACAUAGACGAGCAUUUUGAGCCGAACCAUCGACGCUUACACUCAGAUGUUGGGGCUCUAUAUAAACCAAUAAUGAAUACAACUGCACAGCCGCAAAUGAUAACGCCUGGACAGCUGCCUCAUAAAGGGGCACUGGAAGUACGCGACCAACCUGGCUCACCUUACAGCCCUCAGCCGCCCGGUAUGUUGACGGCAGUAUAUCAUCCCGAAGCAGAUAGUCCAAGAGUAUCGAAAAACAGUUCAUUUUCGACCACCGUAAAAGAGGAUGUGCCUAUGAAACGAGAAUCGAAGACUCGAUUGCAGUUCAUUUUGAAUGACGACGACGCAGGGCCUGAAAGUGGUAAUGAGGAUGAUUCUCAAGAACGUCGCUUAAGUCCGGAAAGGGCUCAGUGGAAUGACCAACGGCCCCCUAUUCAGGAGACGCCUCAGCGAACAAAUGUGUCCCAGGAAGAAUAUGGACUUCGACCUCCAAUCCCUGAAGAAUAUAACGCGUACGAGUACCAGGGUUUUCGUAGCCCUCCGAAUACAUCUGCUUCAGCCAUGGAAAUUAACUCUGCGCAACGCCAGCAGGCAAAGAAACAGAAGCUCCCACAGGAAGGUACUGGAUCGGAACACUAUGGUAAUCGAGUAGACGAGUACGAGUACCACGUACGUCAGUCUCAAAUACAGCCAAUGUUGUCUAGAGCAGCCGCUCAACCCUCACAACGCUCUGUAUCCCAAGUUGAUCGAUGGCCACAGCAACAGCACCAACAGCAACAUCAUCCUCUUCCUCCAUCUCCUUCACAACAGACUAUGUCAGGUCCAACUCAAGUUGCAGGAAGGCGAUUGCCAGGUGAUUCACAAGCGUUGUCGCCUCAUCUACAAAUCACUCAUUCACCCGCUCGACCUGUAUACCAAAGUUCUGAACAACAACCGCACGGAAACCAGAUAGGCAAACCUACACAUCAUGACCAAUAUGGUCUGACAGGGCCAGUACCAUCCCCAGAAGGCCCCCGCCCUACUUCUGAUCGACCAACACACUCGAGACACUCUUCAUCGUCAACACCAGGGCCCGGACCCGAGAAUCCUCACCCUCAAGGCCUUCCCUACCAAAUUAACCGUGGUAAAGCACCUCAGGGACCGGUACAGGUUGAGAUGUAUGGGCGUGGCUAUCCUUCGCCUUCAACGGUACAUGCUCCCGUACAAGCACGUGUGGCAAACUCUGUACAGCAUAUGCAACAGUCGUCACAACAGGCAUCCCCGCAAUUUCAUCACCAACAAGUUCAGAGCCAACAGCAACAGCAAGCUAGUGCCAAUGCAUUUACGCGUAAAAAGGUACCAGUGGAACACCACGCUGGAGCAUAUGGUCCACCUCCACCUUCUAGCAUUCAUCCUGGAUUUGAGUCCCGAGCUUCCCAUACACAGCAUUCUCAUUCUCAUCAACAGCUGCCGCACCAACACCUGAACCGCCAUUCUGAGCAGGAGCCUGUACAUGAUCUAGAUCCCGCUCCAGGGCAUCAUAAGCAGACACCUCCACAAUACCGUGUCCCCCAUCAUGAACAGGUUUCUGGUCCAAGCGGUCCAAGCUAUUAUGAACAGGAAGCUCCACCGCCAGCUGGCACUUUUGGAUCGAGUCGAUCUUCUAUAUAUGGUUCUCAACCUCUGCAUCCAUCUCCUGUCCAGGAGAGACAGCCCCAACCAUAUCCUUCUCAUCCUGGAGCGGGACAACAGCACGAUCCGUCUUAUCGUUCGUACACAGGAAGCAGUGCACGUCCAGGACCUGGAAAUGACAUGGGAUCUAAAGACGAGCAUAUGCGUGGAAGGGCUCAUAUUACUGCGCCAGCUCUUGGGCAUGGUGGACGUGGAUCGAUGGGUCAUUUGCCUUCCGACCAUCCAUCCUCACAACGCCAGCACCAGCAGCAGUACCUACCACAACAGAUGCCAAUGCAACACGAUUACCGGCAUAGCUCUGCAUCCUAUCAUCAUCACCAGCAACAACAGUCAACACAGUAUGCUUCCCAGAAAUCUAUGCACCUUCAGGAUCAUUCGCCGUAUCCUCCACCUCCUCAUCAUACUGCCUCUCCAACUAUUCCCUCUCCUCGUCACGGACAACCCCAUUCGGGACGCCCUAACGAACAUGACCCGAACUAUCGCCCUAUGCCACAUGGGCAACAGAGCCAUGGGCAUGGACAUGGGCAUGGACAUGGACACGGCGGACCAUGGUGAUGCGUCAUGUUGCUUCUGGAGCUGUCAAGUAGUUAAUAAUACCCUUUGCUUUUAAAUUCUCCCGCAGUCCUUUUGUUUUCUCGUCAUAUUAGUCCUUAUUUGUUGUUUUUCUUGUUCAUUUUCAUACCAGUACUAUGGUUCGAGCUUUCUUUUUCUUUUUUUCUUUCUAUUUCUUUUUCUUUUUUUUCUUUUUUUCUUUUUCUGUUUUCUAUUAGGUUAAGGUAGCAACAACCAGACUCGAGUAUUUAUCAUUGUACUAUCCUUGUAUGACAACUCUUCAUUGCUCUUUCCUCCACUUGCUUCUGUAGUCGUUUUUUUCUUCAUGUAAUUGUAACGUUUAGCAGAGUUCAUGAACAACAAUAAAGCAACAAUCAAAGGGGUGCG